UCCUCUUCUCAGGUCUAUCCCCAGCGUCUCACCAUUCUCCCAUCAUGUCGGAGCCUAUAACACUAAACGUUGGUGGGAAGUUGUACACAACCUCACUCUCCACCUUGACCAGUUUUCCAGACUCCAUGCUGGGCGCCAUGUUCAGUGGGAAGAUGCCGACCAAGAGGGACAGCCAAGGCAACUGCUUCAUUGACAGGGAUGGGAAAGUCUUCCGCUAUAUCCUCAACUUCCUGCGCACCUCUCACCUGGACCUCCCUGAGGACUUCCAAGAAAUGGGCUUGCUUCGACGGGAAGCCGAUUUUUACCAGGUCCAACCGCUGAUUGAGGCCUUGCAGGAGAAGGAGGUGGAGCUCUCCAAAGCGGAGAAGAACGCUAUGCUCAAUAUCACCUUGGAUCAGAGGACUCAGACGGUCCAUUUCACGGUCCGGGAAGCUCCUCAGAUCUACAGCUUGUCCUCUUCCAACAUGGAAGUCUUCAACGCCCACAUAUUCAGCACCUCCAGUUUAUUCCUGAAGCUCCUGGGCUCCAAACUCUACUUCUGUUUCAAUGGCAACUUGUCAUCAAUAUCCAGUUACUUGCAGGAUCCCUAUCAUGUGACCUUAGAUUGGGUUGCAAGUGUGGAAGGCCUGCCAGAAGAGGAAUACACAAGGCAGAACCUAAAGAGAUUGUGGGUACUGCCAGCCAGGAAGCAAAUUAACAGUUUCCAGGUGUUUGUGGAGGAGGUACUGAAAAUUGCCAUGAGCGAUGGCUUUUGUGUUGACUCCUCUCACCCGCACUCUUCAGAUUUCAUGAACAAUAAGAUUAUCCGGCUAAUUCGGUACAAGUAGGCGUCGUUUCCUUGGUCUCACUCCUCUGUAAUAGUAACUGAAGUCAUGUCUUGACAUGAGCUACACUUCGGAGUCCACUCCACGAAUCCUGUGCUAACCUGAAUUACGAAUCGCUAAUUGGAAGUUACGUUUUCACUUAACAGACUAACCAGUGUAUAUGUUGAAACUCUCUAGAACAGGGAUGUGCAAUGAAUCGGGAUGUGGGUUGUAUCGGGGACCACACAAAACCUCCCUUAGUAUGACUCAUGGAGAUCUCUGGUUCCAUGGAAACUGGUCGCCCUCUUUCCAAGAAGCAGCGUUAGGAAACCAGGAGCCUAUUCUUACAUGACUGUGUUGGCAUUGGCAAUGACAUCAGCGUUGGGGGUCGGGGCGUCCUGGGCUUACGUACACUCCUUUUGCAUGUUCGAUGCUGUUGUGCCUAGCAGAGAAAAGGCAGAAAUCAUGGAAGCGAGAAUUAAGGGAGGAGGGAGGUUGACAGCUACAUCUCAGUAUAAAAUGGCCCCAAACCAGCAUGAAGCUGUCCAUAUCUGCUCUGGCAGGUGGGGUGGGGUGAGAUUAGCAAUAUUUAACAGUUUACACAGACUGGGAGUUGCAAGACGUUGCACUUUUGUCUAAUGAAAGGUGACUUAUUUUAACCUCCUUUUUCCUGCUGGAAAGAGAGACUUGUGCAAUCUAAUGUACCUAAAAGCUUACGAGCCUAAAACCAUCGGGGAAGUAUACAUUUGUGCCUUGGCUAACUGUUUCUGAAUGAAAGAGACUUUUGAACCGAGCAGGGCAUGAUAACCAUUGGAGUUGAUUCCCUGCACACCUAGGACACACAGGCUCUAGAACAUAGAUAUAAUAUCGCUCAAGCACUUUGUCUUUAUGGUGUGUGUGUGUGUGUGUGUGUGUGUGUGUUUUAAAAAAUACUGUGAAUGACCAGUUAUCAAAGUCAGGAGAAGGAACAAUGCAACCCCUGAGCAUUUCAGACCACAGCUGAACUGCCUACAGGACAAAAUGGGGCAUGGCUCCAUGGCCAUAGGGGAAUGGGAUGCCCGUUUCACCUUUUCCCUGAUUGUU